CGUGCCAUUUCUUCCCGUAUUUCAUUUAAGGUGUAUGUUUCAAAAUUACGCGUUUUGCGAUAUUUCUAAGUGUUUAUUUUUUGCAUUGUUUGUGAUACAGUUUUUGGAAAAAUCAAUUGUGAUAUUUUGGUUCAUGUUUGAAAAAUGAUGACAGGACUGGUUAAAGAAUUAUGUCUUCAGUUUUUUCUAUUGGUGAAUUUAUAUCAUGCGCUGGAAGCCACAUGGCACGAGACAGUAGAUACAAACGGUGAAACAAAAAUUUACCACACAAUUCCUCGAAUAAAACGUGUUCAAGACUUACAACAAAGUGCACCUAUGAGUAUUGAUAAAUCGAGUUUACCUUACGACGAUUACCCGGUAGUAGUUCCAAAAAGAACGGCAUUAGCAUUAGACCGAAUAAUGGUAGCGUUACAAAAAGCUUUAGACGAUGGGAGAGAUUCGAAUAUGAAAGGUUAUUAUCCAGAAUCAGGAAGUGGCCUGCAGCGAAGAGGCCAAGAAAAAGGAAAAGUUUACUGGAGGUGUUAUUUCAACGCGGUAACUUGCUUUUGAUGGGAAAAUGUAAACCUUUUUCAGAAAAUAUAUUUUUACUUUUCAAUA